AGUCAUUCAUUCAGCUGCUUUAGCUUUUAGCUGCACGGCUAACUGCUAGCCAUCAACAUGAUACCCGUGUUUUGUUGUUGAGCAGAAAUGUUCAAACUUAUACUACUGAAUGGGACAGACGGCGAAUCUUAACCCUCAGCCAGGUAAACCAAGAUGCCUCACAGUAUUCUCAAGAACACUCAUUACAUUGAGUUGGGCAGCUAUCAGUACUGGCCCGUGCUUGUGCCAAGAGGGAUCAGACUGUACACCUAUGAGCAGAUCCCAGUGUUUCUAAAGGAGAAUCCAUACAUCACAGAUGGAUACCGAGCACACCUGCCAUCAAAGCUGUGCCUUAAAAGCAUGUUCGUUCUGUCCAAUGAGACCGUAAACAUCUGGAGUCAUCUGCUCGGGUUCCUCCUGUUCUUCUUGUUGGCCGUGAAGGACAUGGUAACGGUUCUUCCGUCCGCAGGGGCAUCACGAGAGGAUUAUGUGAUUUAUUCAAUAGGACUCUUUUGUUUUCAGGUGUGCAUGUUGUGCUCUGUGGGCUACCACUUGUUUUGUUGCCACCGCUCAGAGAAAACGUGUCGCCGCUGGCUUGCGCUGGAUUAUGCUGGAAUAUCUGUGGGGAUUUUGGGAUGUUAUGUGCCUGGAGUCUUCUAUGCCUUCUACUGCAACAGUUUUUGGAGGCAGGUGUAUCUGCUGACAGUGCUGGCUUUGAUCCUGGCUGUGUUUGCUGCUCAAAUUCACCCGCACUACCUCACGCAGCAGUGGCAGAAACUGCGAUCUGCAAUGUUCUGCUCCGUUGCCGGUUACGGGAUAAUCCCGGCCUGCCAUUGGGUCUGGCUUAAUGGAGGAUUUAGCGCAGAUAUCGUACAGGCGUUUUUUCCUCGAGUCCUGAUCAUGUAUCUGAUUGCUGCCUCAGCAUUCCUGUUCUACAUCAGUAAAAUCCCAGAACGCUACUUUCCAGGUCAGCUGAACUAUCUUGGCGCCAGUCAUCAGUUCUGGCAUGUGCUGGUGGUGGUCAUGUUCUAUUGGUGGCACCAGACUGCCAUCUACAUCAUGAACUUCAGACACAAUCAGCCCUGCACAGACAGCAGCGGUUAAUACAGCAGUCACAUACGGUCUUGCAGAUAUCAUGCUUAAAAUCAUCCGAGCCUUGUGUACGCAUUAUAUAAAUGUAUUAAACGCAUUUGUUUUUUGUGGGCAUUAUUUUGCAUUGUGGGUAUGCUUGAGUCACACUGUGAAACUUUACCUCUCAUUUGCCUUGGAACUCCAUAUCGCGAGGUUAAGUGAAAUCUAUUUCAUUUGUUAAUUCUCUGCUGAACAAACAUCAGUUUUCUCUGCUGCACAUACGGUGCCCUUAUCUGUUACUAUGUGUACUUUUUGUAAUGAGCUUUUUACAUGUGGUGUUAUUGGGGGAUCUGAAACUGUACUGUAUAUGCUGGAGUAUUUCGUAUUUAAAUGAUAUUCAGAAUCAUUGUUUUGUGGUUGAUAAAUGGUUAUUUGUUAUUUUAAGUAAAAAAAGGUUUGUUUUGAGUACAUUAAGCAUUAGAAACUGGUUUUAAGAUUUUAAUAAUGUGAAAGCAAGUAACGCUGACUAUGAAUAACGGUCCAUAAUGGUGGACAUGAACUGAAUUAUAAACAAGAAUUCAGAACUGUAGAAACUUGAGUUUUCUGUGUUUGGGGUUUUAAUAUUUUGGAUUACUAUAAAAUUAUUAAAAUCUGAAUGAUUGAAUUAAAUGCUUUAUGGUGUUUCAUACAACAACAGGAAAUUUAGAUCAACAAUUGAGAGCUGUGUUUCAAUGUUGUUUAUCAAAGAUUUUGUGACGCUUGGAUCCAGAUUUUGGACAU